GUACUAUGUACGCAUAUUCACUAAGUCGUAAUGGUGAAUAUGAUUUGUGUAAACAAUGGCGCUUCUUAACAACUGUGUGGCGUCAAGACGUUGGACCUUAUUUUACGGUGAAACAGCAAAGUAAGAUAGAAGGACCUUGAGAUGAUCUUCGCAAAUAAGUUCAAAAAUGCUGUUUUGAAACAAAUCUCACACUUUUAACGAGACUCUCAAGCGACAAGAAGAAUAUAGGGACUCUGUAAGUCAGCAGUAGAUGGCGGUAAUGCUUCACUUGGUGCAUCCGACAUUAAAACGACGAAGAAGAAAGUCUUCCAGGAAGUCAAAGCCGAUGGAUGAAACAGAUGCAUAGCGUGUGUUAAUAAGCGAUACUAAUAUGAAGUUUUUGCUCUUAAUGAUAUCCAGUUUAAAGCUGACCUAGCCUGAAGAAAUGCCUUUGUUCAUUCAAAAUAAACCGGUUGACCGCAUAAGAUCGACAGCGGAAUUGUUCGACAAAAAUCCACAAUUACAGGAAAAUGCGAGAACAUUUCGCUCUAAGCCGCGUGUUGAUGUCGAUCCAAAGUGCCUCCUUUAUGUCCAACAGAGGGAGUUUGCUGCAACAACACCAGCAGACAAUUAUGUUUCAGUCAUUGGAUCCGAUGAUGCCACCACCUGCCAUUUGGUCGUGCUGCGGCACACUGGAAGUGGAGCUGUUUGCCUCGCUCACUGCGACGGUUCCAACACUUGGUCUGAAGUGCCACUCCUCGUGAAAACGGUCACGUCACUGAGUGAUGCCUGUAAGGAGGGCAGACUUGAGCUCCAUCUUGUCGGGGGAUUUAACGACGACUCAAAAACAUCCCAUAAACUCAGCCUUAAUAUACUGGCAGCGUUCCAGGUACACAAGGAAGAUAUUCAUCUGGAAACAUGCUGUGUCACAGAAAUGAAUGACGUGGUUGUUAAUGGAACUCACAGACCUGUAGUGUAUGGAAUUGGCGUAAACAUUAAAAUGGGGGAUGUGUUCCCUGCCUCGUUCCCUCAUAAAGGGCCUGCGGAGGAGCUGAGGUCAGCACGGACCUUCACUGGAGGAGAGAUGACUGGCAUAUAUGACUCAAGUCGGGGACUUGUUAAAAUUGGCCCAUGCAAAUGGUCUGAGAAUCUAGAUCUUGCCUUUUGGUUGUCACAGAAUGACGACACAAUUUUAAAGUACCUGUCCACCUCUCCAAGGGCUGAGCCGCCACACUUUGUCCAGCACAUGAAGUCCACCAUUCAGUUCCUUUUAGACCACCCGAACUCUGAAAGCCUGUUCCCAGGGGGUCAACCGCAGCUCUACCACAGAACGGAGAUGGGGGACUGGGAGAGGGUUGUCCAGUAAUAGAGUCUGACUCUUGUCUCUCACUGAACAUUAACCUGGUAGCUGUUUUUGCCUCUCAGCUCAGUGGGAUGCACUGUGACCUUUUCAUCCAAUUUCUGUUCUUUGUUUAUUGUGUCUUACCAUGGAGCUUACCUUCACCUUGAACAUACAUCUGUUGAGUAGAUCUCCUGGCUCAUCUGGCUGGACCAGUGGAAUGAGUCGAGGCAGUGUGUUUGUUCAUGCCUCUUACAGCUUUUCCCAAUCUCAGGACUUCGUAUGAAGUCUGUCGUAUUGCAGCUAGUUGAGGAUGAUGUCCCGCUGCUUCUCUAUUUUGAUUUAUAAAGGAAAUAAUUAACAGUUUUGUCUCACUAGGUGUUCAAGUGCUGAACCUUUCCUGGUCAUGGGUUCAGUUUAUGUUUGGCACAGUGACACAGUCAGUUGUUUCAAGCUCUGAUUGAUUUUCUCCUCAGCCAAAGUCAGAAAACAGUGUACAUACAUCAAUAUAGAAACUAGGGUUUAAUUCCGGGAUCCGGGAUUCCCGGGAAAUGCGAUCAGAACCAUUUCCCGUUUCCCGGGAAACGUUAGACGGGAAACCGGGAAAAAAGUCGCGCGCGUCGAUUUGACUUUCAGAAAG